UGGUUGCAGGCUUUAGCGCGCGAGAACUAGAGUUGUCAUUGUGGACAGUUCAGUUGUACGCUUUGUUUUGAAUAAAAUAGUUUAAGCUUAAAAUAAAGCGCAGUCUUUUGCAGAACAUAAUGCCUGGCACAACAGAGGAUUUAUCAAACAUAUGUCGUAAUGGCACUGAAGAGAGAAAGGAUACAGAAGGACAGAAGAAAGUUUUCAAUCUGUUCUGUGACGAGCGCGGGUACCUGGAUCAGAUCGAGCACAUCAUGCAGUGCGGCAAAAGCAGAGGAGACCGAACCGGGACCGGCGUCAUAUCUGUGUUCGGUUCACAGGCGAGGUACAGCCUGAGAGAUCAGUUUCCUUUGCUGACAACCAAGAGGGUUUUCUGGAAAGGAAUAUUAGAGGAGCUACUUUGGUUUAUCAAGGGUUCAACAAAUGCCAAAGAUCUGUCAGAGAAGGGUGUGAAAAUCUGGGAUGCUAACGGAUCCAGGGAUUUUCUGGACAGUAACGGUUUUACGGAUCGAGAGGAAGGCGAUCUGGGCCCGGUGUACGGCUUCCAGUGGAGACACUUUGGAGCAGAAUACAAAGACAUGCACACUGAUUAUUCCGGUCAAGGGGUCGAUCAGCUCCAGAAAGUGAUUGACACCAUUAAAUCCAACCCAGAAGACAGAAGAAUCAUUAUGUGUGCCUGGAAUCCCAAAGAUCUCCCUCUGAUGGCACUGCCACCCUGCCAUGCAUUAUGUCAGUUUUAUGUGUCAGACGGUGAGUUGUCAUGUCAGCUGUAUCAGCGUUCUGGAGACAUGGGGCUGGGUGUGCCCUUCAACAUCGCCAGCUACGCUUUACUCACUUAUAUGAUCGCCCACAUCACCGGACUUAAGCCAGGAGAUUUUGUGCAUACGUUAGGUGACGCUCACAUCUACGUGAAUCACAUUGAGCCUUUGAAAGAGCAGCUUCAGAGAGAGCCACGACCGUUUCCAAAACUGAAGAUCAGACGCACAGUCGAACGAAUCGAUGAUUUCUGUGCAGAGGAUUUUGAGAUAUGCGACUAUAACCCACACCCUACAAUUAAAAUGCAAAUGGCUGUUUAGAUUUGAUUACCGCAUUUAGCACUUUAUGCAUUUUAUGGUGUAAUAAAAAUAUAUUUUAUGGAUGUUCGUGUCAUCUGACAUAAAUAAAGUUGUUUUUUGUAAAUAA